CAAAUACAAGACUCGGCAGUUCAAAAUAUUUUAAAUGUGGAAUGCUUGUGUUUUGAUAAUCUUUACUUUAUUUAUGUGACUGAAAAUGAAAAUAUAGCUUCAAAAGAAGAGAGGGCCGAAGUAUUUGAUAUGGAUGCGAUGAUGAGCCAAGCCGAGGCGGCAGCGAGGAAUUACAAAGAAUUCUUGAUGUUGUACAAUCGGCUGACAGAAACAUGCUUCCACACCUGUGCUACCAACCUCAACUACAGAUCUCUUACUCAGGAAGAGACUGCCUGUGUUGAUAAAUGCUCAGAUAAAUUGGUCAAUUUAAAUCAUCGUCAGAUGGCAGUUUUUAUGGAAGUUGGUCCCAUGGCAGAAAAGAGAUUGGGCAACAUGGCUGCAUCCUCCUAACAACUAGAAUUUCCCAGAAGUUCAUAGGAAGGGUACUUGAUGUUUUCCAGGAGACUUGUUUUCUCCUGUCUACAGAUGGUUCCAAAACAGCAGAUUUUAACCUGUAGCACUGUCAUCUCAAUGGCAUACCAUAUAAAUUGUUCAUCAGUGAAUUUGUAAAAAAAAAUGUUAUAUAGAUCAAGAUAUUUUAA